GGAAAAACUCAUGGUUAUCAGUUAUUAUGAGAAUGUUAAAAACGUGAGAGCAACCGCAAGACGAUUUGAAAUCGAGCCAAAACAAGUUCGUGAGUGGCUAGACAAAAAAUAUGAACUUAUGAGUGCCGCUCCUUACCUUUUAACGCUUAACUCUGGUCGCUGGGCCCAGUUCCCGUUAUUAGAAGAAAGACUUGUUAAGUGGAUUAAUGAACGUCGCAAUGAGCAGUAUGCUGUUACCCAAAACAUGGUU